CAGAAACUGAAGUAUUGUUGAGCUGUUGUGUGUCUGUAUUCAUGCAGUAAAAUGGCAGAAGCCAGAAUUUCUCAGGAUGAGUUCAUGUGUUCAGUGUGUCUGGAUCUCCUGAAGGAUCCAGUGACUAUCCACUGCGGACACAGUUACUGUAAGAUCUGUAUUACAGACUGCUGGGAUCAGGAGGAUGAGAAGAGCGUCUACAGCUGCCCUCAGUGCAGACAGACCUUCAGUCCAAGACCUGCUUUAGCUAAAAACACCAUUCUGGCUGAACUGGUGGAGAAACUGAAGAAGACUAAACUUCCUGCUGACUGUUACGCUGGAGCUGGAGACGUGGAGUGUGACGUCUGUACUGGAAGAAAACACAAAGCCGUCAAGUCCUGUCUGGUGUGUCAGGAAUCUUACUGUCAAACUCAUUUUGACCGUCAUGAGGAAUAUCACUCUCGUAAGCCACACAAAGUGAUUGAUGCCACUGGACGACUGCAGGACAUGAUCUGCCGUAAACAUGAUAAAGAGCUAGAAAUGUACUGUAUUACUGAUCAACAGUGCAUCUGUGUGUGGUGUAAAGAGUAUGAACAUAAAAACCACAACACUGUAUCAACUGCAGCACAGAGGACAGAGAAACAGGUAUGA